CCGGCGCCCGCCGUGGCCCGUAACAAAACCCAGACCCCCGGGUCCCGGCCAAUGGAAGCCGCGUAGACCGGAGCGGGGCCGCGUCUGUCAAAAGCUGCGCUCGGCGGCGGCGCGGAGCCCGGGAGAGGCGCUGGAGCCGCGCGCCGCCUCCCCGCCCCCGCCGGGAUUUAUUGAGUAUUUGGACUGGACAGUUAAGUGGCCCCGAUGAUGUUGCCGAGCCCGGUCACCUCCACCCCUUUCUCAGUCAAAGACAUCCUGAACCUGGAGCAGCAGCAGCACUUCCACGGCGCCCAGCUGCAGGCGGAACUGGAGCAGCACUUCCAGCCCUGCCUGCUGGCCGCGGCCGAGGCGACGCCGUUUUCCGACGCCGGGGAGGACGACGACGACGAGGAGGCGCAGAAGCUGUCGUACCUGAGCUCGCUGGCCGACGGCCACGGGGACGCGGGGCUCUGUCCGCAGAGCUACGUGCAGACGGUCCUCCGAGACGCCUGCGGCGGGCCCAAGGAGCCAGACGAGGAGGCUGCGAGAGAGCGGGGCCCGAAGAGCUGCCCGCUGAAGAAGUCUCCGGAGGCGGCGGGCGAGUGCGCGGCGGGCGAGGAGGGCGAGAGGCCGAAGCCGCGCGGCCGCCGGAAGCCGCGGGUGCUCUUCUCGCAGGCGCAGGUCUUCGAGCUGGAGCGGCGCUUCAAGCAGCAGCGCUACCUGUCGGCGCCGGAGCGCGAGCACCUGGCCAGCAGCCUGAAGCUCACGUCCACGCAGGUCAAGAUCUGGUUCCAGAACCGGCGCUACAAGUGCAAGCGGCAGCGGCAGGACAAGUCGCUGGAGCUGGGGGCGCCCGCGCCGCCGCCGCCGCCGCCCCGCCGCGUGGCCGUGCCGGUGCUGGUGCGCGACGGCAAGCCGUGCGUGGGCCCCGGCGCGCAGGCCUACGGCGCGCCCUACGGCGUGGGGGCCGGCGCCUACCCCUACAACGGCUUCCCCGCCUACGGCUACGGGAACUCGGCCGCCGCCGCCGCCGCGGCCUACAGCGGCGGCUACGGCUGCGCCUACCCCGCCGGCGGCCCCGCGGCCGCCCCCGCCGUGCAGCCCGCCUGCAGCGCGGCCGCCGCGGGGCCCUUCGCGAACGUGAGCAGCCUGGGCGGCUUCGGCGGCGGCGGCGGAGGAGGAGGAGGAGGAGGCGCGCAGUCCCUGCACCAGGGACCGGCCGCCGGGGCGGCGUGCGCGCAGGGCGCCCUGCAGGGCAUCCGGGCCUGGUGAGGCCUCCGCCCGCUGCCGCCCGGAGCCGCGGGGACCAGACCCGAGAAGGGCCGGAGCCCAGGGCCCGGGCCCCUCG